UGUCAGUUAAGCCACAAUCAUUUUGUUAUUCAGUUCCAGUAAGCAUUCCGAUCAGUUUUGUUGAUUUUUUUCGCGAGCUGUUUAUACUUGGACCGUGUCAACAUACCUUUGAAACACUAUGUCGGAAGACGUUUCAUGUCAGUCUCCGCAGAACCGUGUGUUGAAUUAUUCGAUUGUCAGUAGCGAUGAGGAGGAAAACCGUCUGGUUUUAAAGCUGAAAGUUUCUGAAAGACACAAAGUGCCCGUGGUCGUGCUGCAGAGACUAGAGAACGUUGGUCAGUAUCAGGUGAGCCUGAGAACUUCCAGGAGGCAACGUAAAGUGAAACAGUUUGAGGAGUACGAACUUGACAUGGCUGCGGUCACAAACGUGAAUACUGUGAGCCCUAGAAAGCGACUGAGGCCCAGAAAGCCCGAGUCUGAAAUGGGCAGUCCGCCAAAAGUGCGACGCUCCCUUCGGACAUCCAAGAAAAUUGUGAACUUGGACUUCUACAUGGAUGAGCUAUGUGAAUCGAUAACAGAUUCCGUCUCUCUGAAAACCCCCGUUAAAAAAUCGACUAGACCAACUCGACAAGCUCGACCACAAAGUCCGAUGGAUGUCGAUGAGAACGAUGUGGUUCUUUCUGGAAAAAGAGUAUCGCGCACCCCUCAAAGAUACUCCAAUGCUACGCCGCGAUCGGUGCGAGUAAACUUGGACGAAUCAUUUCGCAGAAGCGUGCUGAAAAGCAGACAUAUGAGCGAAAAUGUGCGCAACACACCGAGGAGAACAGCCAGAACUCCCGCAAAAAAGUCCCACGUACAGAAGCUGUUUUCAGAGGAUGAGGAAAUUGAGGUGGUGAAUAGUCCCAAGAGAAACUUGCGGGCUAAAAGCAACUCGAUAUCUUCGGACCAGUCGAGUGAGAGCGAUGAAAGCCUCUCCAACACAACUCCUAAAAAAACUGGCAGGACGCCGGGAAAUCGCAAGCAGAGUGGCUCGACUCCAAAAAGCGUCCAGAAAACCCCGAGCACCAGCAAAGGACGCCUGAAGAUGUUGAGGGAUGGCACAAUAACACCGUCAAUGCAGCCAAGAAAGAGCUGCAUCCCAGAAUGCACCACGCCCUUGAUGAAAGCCAGAACUCAGCUACACGUUUCGUAUGUGCCGGCGUCGCUGCCUUGCAGGGAAAAGGAAUACUUGGACGUUUACAAAUUCCUCAGAGGGAAAAUUGACGACGGAUGUGGAGGAUGCAUGUACAUUUCGGGGGUGCCUGGCACUGGCAAGACCGCAACAGUCACCUCAGUAAUCGACAGCCUGAGCAAAGAUAAAACCGUAGGAAAAUUCAGUUUUGUGAGCAUUAAUGGGAUGCGGCUGACCGAACCCAAACAGUCCUAUGUAGAGAUUUGGAAACAGUUGACGGGAAAAACCGUCGCUUGGGCGCAGGCCUGCAGCUUACUGGAAGAGAGAUUUACCAAAGUAAAAAAGCUGCACCCAGUUGUGAUGUUAGUUGAUGAGUUGGACAUCCUUUGCACGAAGCGACAAGACGUCGUCUACAACCUACUGGACUGGCCGACGAAAUCCAAAGAUCCGCUCAUCGUCAUCACCAUCGCCAACACAAUGGAUUUACCCGAAAGAUUGCUGAUGAGUAGAGUCACUAGCCGACUGGGCCUAACUCGACUGACCUUCCAGGCCUACACUCACAAACAGCUAAUGGAAAUCGUAACGAGAAGACUGACAGGGACUGAUAGUUUUGAUCGGGAUGCCAUCCAGCUGGUGGCCCGCAAAGUGGCUUCGGUGUCUGGCGACGCCCGCCGUGCUUUGGAUAUUUGCAGACGAGCCGCCGAAAUCGCGGAACGCGACGGCAACGAGCAACAAGUCAGCAUUCAGCAGAUCAACGAUGCUCUAACGGCUAUGAUCACUCAGCCUCAAGUGACUGCCAUAAAAAGAUCGUCGCGACUGCAAAAGUUGCUCCUCCAAGCCAUCGUUGCGGAGGUUGAAAGAACCGGCGUCGAGGAAACGACAUUCGUGGACGUGUUCAAGGUGUUGGCGUCCUGCUGUGCAUUGGAUGGCUUCAAAAUGGUAUCAAGCACGAUUGCACAGCGCGCCCUUUCCCGAUUAGGCGAGUGCAAGCUCGUUAUUACCGACCAAAAGUGCAACAACAUUUAUCAGCGGAUCAUACUGAACGUUAGUGUGCACGACGUGUAUUUUGCCCUGAAGAAGCAAUGAGCGGUGGUUGGACUUUUCUUGUUUCUUGGUUCCAGUAUGAAUUUAUUCCUCACUUAAAACCGUAGUUCUUUCACUUAUUCAUAAGUGCAUUUCUGAGGCAAAAGUGGCUUUUAUUAAUUUCAUUUUCCAACUUCCGUUGUGCGGAAAAUUGCACGACUUUACAAACACAGGCGGAGAUCAGACGCACUCAAUUGUAAAUAAUCUAAGCUUAGUGAAUUGAUCGAAUAAAAACCUUUUUCCAGUAUUUCUAAAGCAACCAAUUGCGCGUUGUGUUUUAGAAAUACUGGAAAAAGGUUUUUAUUCGAUCAAUUCACUAAGUUUGGGUUAUUUACAAUUGGUGCGCCUGAUCUCCGUCUGUGUUUGUAAAGUCAUGCAAUUUCCGUUGUACCGAAAAUUCUUCAGACGGAGAUCAGACGUACUCAAUUGUAAAUAAUCUAAGCUUAGUGAAUUGAUCGAAUAAAAACAUUUUUCCAGUA